ACAUGAUCUGGGAAGGAAUCUGGGGACCUGAGUCAGCUGGCUGGUAGCUCCUAGCCUGCUGGGAGGUGUGAAGAUAUGGCUCAUGAGCUGAGCCAGGGAACUGCGCCGCUAUGCCUGCUACCCCUUCUGUGGCUGCUGCCCCAGUGCUGGACCGCCCCUGAAGCUCCUACUCCUUGGUGGAGGGAUGAGCUGCAAAACCACACAUUCCUGCACACCAUGUACUGUCAGAACGGGACUCCCCACGUGGGGCUCUCCGAGACCUACGACGAGGACCAGCUUUUCUCCUUCGACUUUUCCCAGGAUAUCCGAGUGCCUCGCCUGCCUGAAUUUGCCGGCUGGGCUCACAAUCCUGGAGAUACUUCCAACAUUUUCUUUGACAAAACAUUCUGCCGGACGAUGAUCGAGGAAAUUGGCCCAAAAUUUGAAGGGCAAAUCCCAGUGUCUAGAGGGUUCCCCAUCGUUGAGGUGUUCACCCUAAAGCCCCUGGAGUUUGGCAAGCCCAACACACUGGUCUGUUUCAUCAGUAAUCUCUUCCCACCCACACUGGCCGUGAGCUGGCAGCAUCAUUCAGCCCCAGUGGAAGGAGCCCGGCCCACUUUUGUCUCAGCUCUUGAUGGACUCACCUUCCAGGCAUUUUCUUACUUAAACUUCACGCCAGCACCCUCUGAUCUUUUCUCCUGCAUCGUGACUCAUGAGAUCGACAACCACACAGCAAUCGCCUAUUGGGUGCCCCAGAAUGCGCUGCCCUCUGAUCUUCUGGAGAACGUGCUGUGUGGUAUAGCCUUUGGCCUGGGUGUGCUGGGCAUCAUUGUUGGCUUGGUCCUCAUCAUCUACUUCCGAAAGCUUUGCUCAGCUGACUGAUUGUUCCUGAUCAGAGUCUGAGGCCAACAGCUGCAGCCAUCCAAGCAGGAGGUGUUCAGAUUUCUCCCAUCCUACCCAGGAUCUCUCCUUCUCAGAGCAGGAAGCCCUGGGACUUCCCCCGUGUGUGUGUGUGUGUGUGUGUGUGUGUGUGUGUGUGUAUGUACAGAUUUCUCAGCUGGGGGCUCUGCUGUCCCUGGGCUUUUGCAUCCAGGGGAACCCAGAGCUGCCUUCCUAUCAUGACCACAUCCCUGCCAUGUCAAGGCAAUAAAUCU